AUGCCUUACGACACUCGCCGUAAAUCGCUGUCCCUAUCCUCUCUUGGAAUACACGUUCCUACAUCCAAGGCCUCCAAGUCAGCCACAGCAAACACUUCAACCACCAACACCAAGACAGCAGGCAGCAUGUCUCCCAAGUCCCCGAGGUCGAGCUCAUCGUCGGAAGACGACGGCACCCGGCCUAGCAAGAAGGCCAAGCGAUCGCACGACAACUCCGAGAAAUCGUCCAAGUCGGCAUCCUCGAAAGCGACCAAGUUCACCAGCUUUGAAACGACGCCACCGCCGUCGCCCGGCCUGCACAUGUCCAUCGAGGACGACGACUCCGAAUCAUUGGCGCUGACAGAGAUGAAGAAGAUUGAUCUCUCUGCCAUCAAUGACGAGAUUGUCGAGGCUGUUAUUUUGCGCCUGCAAGAGACUAGGAACCGCCCUCAUUUGGUCAAGGAACUUGCCACCAUCCUGAUGAACCAGGUCAAAAUAGUUCAACAAUCUGCGAACCCGUGUGCGAUCAUUUCAUCUCGUCUGUCUGGUUACCUCAAGCGCUCGUGUUGGUCUGCCUCUUCGCCUUGCCCACUGGCCAAGGAGCUGGAGACUGUCCACCCGAGAAGAACCUACUUUUACCUUACCGUGUGCCCUCAUCAACCCCUACCCGAUGUGUCGACUCAAUUGGCACAGCGUGUCAUUGCGACGCCUUCCCUGUCGAGCUCGACCUCCACGUCCGAAGAUGCCGAGAGCGCUGACAGCGACCGGAGAAGAGAGUUGAGCCUCUCGCCCGAAGUUGACCUGUCGUCCCCCGAGUUUGACGACAUGGAGGAGGAUGUCCCGAUGCCCGGCACACCUAUGGGCUCCGUGUCCUUGUCACGCAACCGAGCUGCGCCCAUCCUGUCAAAGCAGAAGGAUGAGCCGCCGCUGGAGAAGGACGAGAGGGAAUUUACACAAACCGCCGACGGACUGCAGAAGAGGAAACUCAGCGGCAGUUUGUUGUCCGUCAACCCUGUCGAGCACCUGGACAUGUACGACGGUAUGCAGAACGACUCCUUGUUUGGCGAACCAAGAGGUUUGAGCCUGGCCCCAAGUCUGCUACCACACAUGGCAUACAUGACCAGCCCGGCUAUGCGCCCAGUCAUGGCCACGCCAGCAAAGAAAGACGGCGAGGCAGAAGGCUGGUCCAAGCUCGACGCCAUGUUGGACUGGGACAGAAGUCCCGAGACCAUUGAGCUUGAUGAGCUUGAUUGCCUUCUUGAUGACUUUUGA